AUGGACGAGCAGGUGUUCAAGGGGGACCCGGACACUCCUCAUUCCAUCUCCUUCUCCGGCAGCGGGUUCCUCUCCUACUACCAGGCCGGGGCCGUGGACGCCCUGCGGGACCUGGCCCCGCGGAUGCUGGAAACGACGCAUCGCUUCGCGGGCACCUCCGCAGGCGCGGUGAUUGCAGCCCUGGUGGUCUGCGGGAUUGAGAUGGAGGAGUACCUCAGAGUCCUCAACGUGGGUGUGGCCGAGGUGAAGAAAUCCUUCCUGGGGCCCCUGUCCCCCUCCUGCAAGAUGGUGCCGAUGAUGCGGCAGUUUCUGUACCAGGUGCUGCCUGAGGACUCUUACAAGGCCGCCAACGGGAAGCUGCACGUGAGCCUCACCCGGCUCACAGACGGAGAGAACGUCGUGGUUUCGGAGUACAAGUCCAAGGAAGAGCUCAUAGAGGCCCUGUACUGCAGCUGCUUUGUCCCUGUGUACUGCGGCCUUAUUCCCCCCACCUACCGCGGUGAGAGGUACAUUGAUGGGGGCUUCACCAGCAUGCAGCCCUGCGCCUUCUGGACCGACUCCAUCACCAUCUCCACCUUCAGUGGGCAGCAGGACAUCUGCCCCCGGGACUGCCCUGCCAUCUUCAGCGACUUCCGCAUGUUCAACUACUCCUUCCAGUUCUCCCUGGAGAACAUCACCCGGAUGAACCAUGCGCUCUUCCCCCCAGACCUGCUGGUCCUGCACAAUUACUACUACCGAGGCUAUGAGGAUGCAGUUUCAUACUUGAGGCGGCUGAAUGCUGCGUACAUUAAUUCACCCUCCAAGAGAGUAAUUUUCCCCCGGGUAGAGGUCUACUGCCAGAUAGAACGCGCCCUUGGCAAUGAAUGCCCUGAACAGCCACGCCUCCAAACCCAGCAGCCCGGCCUGGAAGAAGACACGCCCCUUCACUCACCGAGGGAUCCCAAAGGCGGGCAUGGCAACGGGGCCCAUAGCUCACAGACUCCUGAAUCCACACGGGAGUCACCAGCUUCUCCGCCUGUCCCUCCAUGUGAGCAGUCCCCUGCAUCACCACUGGCACCUUCUUCACCUUCUCCAACCGACUUGCCACCUGCCUCCCCCAUCCUGCCUGGAUCUCCCGCCUCUGUUCAGUUACCACCGAACUUGACGUCCGACUCACCGGAGCAGCCGCUGACACCGCCUGAGUGCUCACCUGUGUUCCCACAGGAGCACGCACAGCCAUUUGGAUCACCACGCAGACCUUCAUCUUCCCGGCCACCUUCAUCACCCAAGCCACCCCUGGGGCCUGCAACUGUGGGAGCAGUGCAGACAUCGCCCCCGUGUUCUCCCUCGGCAGCACCUGCACAGCCGCCUGUAGAGGAACCGGAGCCAGAGGAGCCCCCAGCUCCCCUUGCUGCCUCUGAUCCCCGAAGCGCCAAGCCUCCGGUUCAGGUGAAGGAGACCACCUGCAAGCCUUGUGUGACGGAGAGCCCUGUGGAAGACUCGAACUGGAUGAGCAAGGUUUUCAAGAAGAACAAACCCAAGACAAGCGGCUGCAGGAAAGGCUUCCCACGACAUCCACGAUCCAAAAAGCUCAGCGGCCGAGCCCAGUCCGGUCCCUGCCCACUUGACUCCCCUCAGCUCUCUGCUCCCGAGAGAGUGUGGGUUACUUACAGGGCUCAUCCCAACCUGAUUCAGGAGUACAGCCACCCUGAGGAAUCUGUGAGCCGAGAGAGAAAACCUGGCCUGGAACGAGAGAGAAGCUGA